GGAAAUGAGAAAUCGCGAGGAGCGAAGGGCGACAAUAAGUGAGUGCGGUUAUCUGAGGCGGACCGGAAGAGAAAGUGAGGGAAUGAAAGAUCGCGGAAUCUUCGUCGAGGUCGAACCAAAUUUCGUCAACUUGGCGCGAAAACUCUCGCCGCGCGCGGGCUCGUCUCCCUGUCGGCUGCCAUCGGCGAAGGGCGCCGGACGUAGAGGAGGAAGGGGAUUAGGGCGGGGAGGAGGAGGGCACACGCGAUCAACUUCGGUGCUGUUCGGUUCGGUGCGGCCGUGCGCACUCGAGCGAGGGCCAGCGUAGCGCGCCGAUGGCAGCGUAAGACGCUCGCGUCGCCGCCGCCGCCGACGACGACCGAGGGAUUGACUCUUGGUGCGCGAUUUGGUACGUCGACCUCCGUAGUCCGCGACCGAGAAAGUGCGAGAAGAACGACGA